AGAGGUGGACGUGUGGAGAGAAGAUCAGCAGCUGCGAGGGAGCCGCUGGCCUGCACGGCACACACAUCAAGAUGAGUUUAGAAAAUGAUGAUAAGAGAGCACGCACGCGAUCCAAGUCUAUCCGAGUGCCCACGGAGCUCAUCGGCCAGGAGGUGAGCUGUCCAACCCCAGGCUGUAACGGCUCAGGACACAUCCGUGGGAAGUACGCGAGACACAGAAGUUUACAAAGCUGCCCUCUAGCCAAGAAGAGGAAACUUCAGGAUGCUGAGGCCGAACAUCUGGUGUCGAAGAGGAAAUCCCAUCCCCUCAAACUGGCCUUGGAUGAAGGCUACAACGUCGACAGCGACGGCAGCGAGGAGGCCGAGGCCAAGGAGGAGUCCGGCUCCGAUGAGUCGGAGGGGAUGCUGGAGGAGGACGAGGCAGAGGCGAUGGAGCAGGAGGAGACUCGCAGCCCUGAGGCAGCAGAAGGUAGAAGCCCAGCAAAAUCAACCCACUAUGGACAAAACACAGCAACAAGUACAUCUGGGCCCAGCAAGGCCAACUAUAGCAGCUACCAAGAAAUAAUCGCCAACUCUCUCCUAAACUUAGGCCAAAUAGCAGAGGAAACCCUCGCCAUCGAAGGGCAGCUGCCUGAAGCGGAGCUGCAGGGCUCCAAGCCGGCGUCCAGCGUCGUGCAUUUGGUCCAUGAGGAUGCGGGAGAGGAGUUGGUGGAGGAGGAGUGCGACAAGGAGAUCAUCAUCCAGACGGAGGACGCGGAGGAGGUCAUCGAGGUCACCAGCGAGCGCAGCAGCGAGUUGUGUCCGGAGCCCCGGGACGACGCGAACGGAGAGGAGUCCUGCAAACUGGAAAAGGCUGAAGCAGAAGAAGAGGACGAGGAGGAUGAUGAUGAGGAGGAUGAUGAGGAGGAGGAAGAGGAGGAAGAGGAUGAGGAGGAGGAGGAGGAAGAGGAAGAAGAGGAGGAGGAAGAGGAGGAGGAGAUGGCUCCUGAAGUGAUCUGCGAGGAAGCUCCUCACACUUCUCAGGACCCCCAGAAAAGCCACUGUGAAGGGCAGUUCAGCCCCAAGCCCGAGUACUCGGUCAUCGUGGAGGUCCGGUCGGAUGACGACAAGGACGACGAUGCCCGCUCCCAGAAAUCAGCCGUGACUGAUGAGUCGGAGAUGUACGACAUGAUGACCAGGGGCAACCUGGGGCUGCUGGAACAAGCCAUUGCCCUGAAAGCCGAGCAGGUGAAAAUCGUGCGGGAGCCCAGCCGGCUGCCAGGAGAGCAUGUGAAGCACUUCCAGGUGGAGGACAAACAGAACAAACCACUGGACAGCAUCCGGAAGAGCUACUAUGGCAAAGAUCCUUCAAGACCCGAGAAGCGAGAAAUCAAAUGUCCAACUCCUGGCUGCGAUGGGACUGGACACGUCACGGGACUUUACCCUCACCACCGCAGCCUCUCCGGCUGUCCGCACAAAGACAGGAUCCCCCCUGAGAUCCUGGCGAUGCACGAGAACGUGUUGAAAUGCCCCACGCCCGGGUGCACAGGACAGGGUCACGUCAACAGCAACCGCAACACGCACAGGAGUUUAUCUGGGUGCCCCAUUGCUGCUGCUGAAAAAUUAGCCAAAUCACAUGAAAAGCAACAAACCCAGUCUGGUGAUCCUGCGAAGACCAGCUCCAAUUCUGACCGGAUACUCAGGCCUAUGUGCUUUGUGAAGCAACUGGAGAUCCCUCAGUAUGGAAGCUACCGGCCCAACAUGGUCCCAGCAACCCCCCGGGCCAACUUGGCCAAGGAGCUGGAGAAGUACUCCAAGGUCACCUUCGAUUAUGCAAGUUUUGAUGCUCAGGUUUUUGGCAAACGCAUGCUUGCCCCAAAGAUUCAGACUAGCGAAACCUCACCUAAAGCCUUUAAAUGCUUCGACUACUCCCACGACGCUGAGGCUGCGCACAUGGCGGCCACCGCCAUCCUCAACCUCUCCACCCGCUGCUGGGAGAUGCCCGAGAAUCUCAGCACCAAGCAGCAAGAGGCCCCUGGCAAGUCCAUGGACAUUGAGGUGGAUGAAAAUGGGACUCUGGACUUGAGUAUGAACAAACACCGCAAACGGGAGAGCACCUUCCCCAGCAGCAGCAGCUGCAGCAGUAGUCCCAGCAUGAAGUCCCCAGAUGUGUCCCAGCGCCAAAACAGCACCAGUGCCACGAGCAGCACCAUGACCUCCCCCCAGUCCAGCCAGACCUCCCGCCAGGAUGAAUGGGAUGGGCCCAUCGACUACACUAAACCAAACCGCCAGCGGGAAGAGGAGCCAGAGGAGUCAGAGCCUGCCGCUCACUCUUUUGCCUCCUCGGAAGCUGAUGAGCAGGAAGUGUCAGAGGAGAACUUUGAAGAGAGAAAAUACCCAGGUGAAGUUACUUUAACCAACUUCAAGCUGAAAUUCCUCUCCAAGGACAUCAAGAAAGAGCUGCUCACUUGCCCAACCCCAGGCUGUGACGGCAGCGGACACAUAACAGGGAACUAUGCCUCUCACCGCAGCCUUUCUGGUUGUCCUCUUGCUGACAAGAGCCUCAGAAACCUCAUGGCUGCCCACUCUGCUGACCUCAAGUGCCCUACUCCUGGUUGUGAUGGCUCUGGUCACAUAACAGGAAAUUAUGCAUCGCAUAGAAGUCUGUCAGGCUGCCCUCGUGCCAAGAAAAGUGGGAUCAAGAUCACCCCGACAAAGGAUGACAAAGAAGACCCAGAGCUGAUGAAGUGUCCGGUCCCGGGCUGCGUUGGGCUGGGACACAUCAGCGGCAAGUACGCGUCUCACCGGAGCGCCUCGGGGUGUCCUCUGGCAGCCCGCAGGCAGAAGGAAGGAUCUCUCAACGGCUCCUCCUUCUCCUGGAAGUCCUUGAAGAAUGAAGGCCCAACCUGCCCCACCCCAGGCUGUGACGGUUCUGGCCAUGCCAACGGGAGCUUCCUCACUCACAGGAGUUUGUCAGGGUGUCCAAGAGCUACUUUUGCUGGCAAGAAAGGAAAACUCUCAGGGGAUGAAAUUCUCAACACAAAGUUCAAGACCAGCGACGUUCUGGAGAACGAUGAGGAGAUCAAGCAGCUGAACAAGGAGAUCAGUGAGCUGAAUGAGUCCAACUCGGAGAUGGAAGCAGCCAUGGUGAAACUGCAGUCCCAGAUCUCCACCAUGGAGAAGAACCUGAAGAACAUUGAGGAGGAAAACAAAAUCAUAGAGGAGCAAAAUGAAGCCCUGUUCCUGGAGCUCUCAGGGUUGAGCCAGGCUCUCAUCCAAAGUCUUGCCAAUAUCCGCCUUCCACACAUGGAGCCCAUUAGUGAGCAGAACUUUGAUGCCUACGUGAACACUCUGACAGACAUGUACACCAACCAGGAGUGCUACCAAAACCCGGAGAACAAGGACCUGCUGGAGAGCAUCAAGCAAGCCGUCAAGGGCAUCCAGGUGUAG